CUGUCUCUCUCUCUUGUUCUGAUCAAAACAAAACAUUGAAGUCAUCGGAGGAUGCAGUCGUAGCACGGAUCGAAAUUGCACAUCCAUAAUUCUGUCCUAUUUAUUUUCUUUUACUCUAUUCGUGGGUGUAUCAAAAUGGCGAUGGAGUUGAGUAUUUUAACGCUUAACAUUUGGGGUAUUCCGUACGUGUCCAAGGAUCGGGAGACUCGCGUGAAGGCCAUCGGGGAUGUGCUGGCCAGCGGCAACUACGACAUCGUCUCACUGCAGGAAGUGUGGUCCGACAGUGACUAUCAGUAUUUGAAGCAGCGGGUGGAGAAUGUGCUUCCAUUUUGCCACUAUUUUUACAGUGGUGUCGUCGGUUCAGGGUUGGCGGUUCUCUCGCGCUACCCGAUUGUGGCGGCUUUCUUCCAUGCCUGGUCGGUGAAUGGGUACAUCCAUCGCAUUCAGCACGGCGACUGGUUCGGUGGGAAGGGGGUCGGCAUGGCGAAAAUCUCCGUCAACGAUCAGCUGGUGCAUGUGUACGUUGCGCAUCUUCAUGCGGAAUACAACCGGCAGUGUGACGACUACAUGGCGCAUCGUGUUAUACAGGCGCAUGAUACGGCCCAGUUUAUUGAAAGUACGCGCGGUCAGUCGGUGCUGCAGGUGCUGGCCGGCGAUCUGAACACCGAGCCGGGAGAUCUCGCCUACCGUGUGCUGGUAACUAGCUCCAAGUUGAAGGAUUCAUACGAUCGCAAAUCGAUUGGCAGCGGGGUCGGUACGAAUGAAUGCCACACAAACAGCUACACCGACCCAAUGGCAGCCAAACAGCUCCCGAAUGGAAAGCGGAUCGACUACAUCUUGUACCGCAUAGGGGAUCAUUAUGAAGGACGAUUGUUGGAGCAUCGAUUACCCCUACCGGAGCGUGUGCCCGGUCAAACGUUCAGCUACUCUGACCAUGAGGCCGUGUACGCUAAGCUCAUACUGAAGAAAAGCUCUUCCACUUCCACCAUCCAGAACCUGAUCGCCUGCAACAGCGGCAAAGUGCGGGAAGAGGACAGCUGCAGCCGGGAAUCGCGCGAAGAAACGGACCGGGAAGCUGUGCUGUCACUGCGGGAGAGUGUGGCCAUAUGCAACGAAAGCCUAAAGCAGCUGGAAUCGCACCGACGCAGCUACACGCUGAUGGCGAUCGGGGUGAUCAUCGCACUGAUCUACAUGCUCGAGCUGCAGGCACCGUACGGGCUGAAGAUAGCCUUUCUGGUGCUGAAAUUCCUGCUCUGUGCUGUAAUCAUCUUUUUCGUCGUAAUGGCCACGAUUUGGAACGUGAUGGAAAAGCAUGGCAUACUGGCCGGCAAGCUGUCGAUGGAAAUUGCCCUGAAAGGGUACAGUCUCGACGGCACGACGGUCGGUGGUUAUGGACUGAAGGGUGAAAAAUAAAACAACUCGAGGGCGUGUGCGUUGCAGGCUGCUCGCUCGAUUUCAAUCUUACGCUGUGCGUUUCUCGCGUUUUACCAAACCCCUCUUUCAAAGCACAAGACCUUCAGCUAAAUGCACCGCACCGCACGAUAGAAGACUGCACCCGACCGUCGGGCAGCUAGAUGCUGUUACAGCCAGACAGUACAGACACACUGCACGCACGGUUAAAUAGUUUUGUUAAUAUGCUGGAUGAAAUGUAAACAUUCCCCAAAAAAUAGAUACACCUUCCAUGCCGGUUGAGGCACAUGGGAAAACACUCAA